AUGCCCUCUACGAAGCACGCCUCCGUCAUCCCUCAGCUCUCGUCGCCGCCGACCCUCUCGGCACGCGGCCAGCGCGCGCUCAUCCGCCCGCCCCUCUUGCGCUGCUCGCUCUUCGAGUGCCAGUACAACGCGUGCUGCAACCAUGCGGGACUUCUGAACCUCGGAGUCGCCGAGAACAGCCUCUGCCUCGAUUUCCUCGCCGACUACUUCAAGAAGAACUUCUCGCUCGAGUACAGCGACUUUACUUACGGCACCGCCUUGACUGGCAGCUUGCGCCUCUUUGCCGCACUCCGCAAUCUCUUUGACGUUUACUUCAACGCGAGCCAGCCCGUCCUGCCCGAGCAUAUCGUCGCCGGAACAGGCUGCUCGUCUGUCAUCGACUCGCUCGUCUCGGUCCUCGCUGACGCCGGCGAGGGCAUCCUCGUUGCCAAGCCGCACUACAACGGCUUCGUCACUUCCUUCCGAUGCCGCAACGAGGUCCUCACGAUCGGCGUCGACGUGCCAGCCGGCAAAGAGGCCUUGCCCGAGUCGCUCGAUGCCUUCGAACGCAAGAUCGAAGAGUGCAAGGCUCUCGGCGUCAACAUCCGCGCCAUAAUGCUCUGCAACCCGCACAAUCCGCUUGGGUUCUGCUACCCCCGCGAAACCCUCCUCGCCUACCUCCGCUUCGCCGAGUCGCACAACAUCCACCUCAUCAGCGACGAGAUCUACGCUCUCAGCGUGUACGACUCGGACCUUCCAUCGCCCGUCCCCUUCACCUCUGUCCUCGCCCUCGACCCCAUCGCGGAAGCAGGUUGCAACCCUGAGCGGGUUCACGUCGUCUACGGGCCGUCGAAGGACUUUGGCGUCAACGGCCUCAGGCUCGGCGUCGUCGUCACGCGCUCAAACGCCGUUCACACGGCGAUGGAGUCGAGUGCGCUGCUCAUGAAGAUCUCGAGCGCGUCGGACGCCCUCUGGUCUGGCUUGCUGCUCGACUCCGUCGCCCUCCCGCACUACCUCGCCCUGAACCGCUCACGCCUCACCUCCGCUUAUGCACGCGCAACCUCGUUCCUCAAGACCCACCAGAUCUCGUACCGCCCCGCCCAAGCCGGCCACUUCGUCUGGGUCGACUUGUCGAGGUACUUGCCGACGCAGGACGAGGAGGGGAAGGUAUUGGAGGAUAUUGUCGAGAGGGAAGAGAUGCUUGUCCAGAAAUUCCUUCGGCACGGCGUCAACUUGGGCCGCGCGAGCGCCUACUCGGGCCAGCCGGGCUACUUCCGCCUCACCUUCACUCUGCGUCCCGAUUAUUUUGAGGUUGGCCUCGCAAGACUCGAGGAUGCUCUCGCGCCUCUGCUAGUCGACUCGAAGCGGGACUGA